AUGGCGGCGCGGGACCGAUUCGGUUCCUUCGCUGACCCAUCGCUAUCGCCACUUCAACGAGCUAUACAAAAUGCCUGCGAACCGACAAACUACGAACCAAAUCUCGCAUUGAACCUCGAAGUCGCUGACUUGAUAAAUCAGAAGAAAGGCAACGCACCCCGCGAAGCUGCAAUUGCGAUUGUCCAUUUGAUCAAUUCCCGCAACCAGAAUGUCUCUCUUUUGGCUUUGGCGCUUCUCGAUAUAUGCGUCAAAAACUGCGGAUACCCUUUCCACCUUCAGAUAAGCACAAAGGAAUUCCUCAAUGAACUGGUCCGACGGUUCCCCGAGCGGCCACCUAUUCGGCCGUCGCGAGUACAGCAUCGGAUCCUCGAGUCGAUUGAAGAAUGGCGGCAGACGAUAUGCCAAACGUCGCGGUACAAGGAGGAUUUAGGAUUUAUCAGAGAUAUGCAUCGUCUUUUACUGUAUAAGGGGUAUCAUUUUCCGGAAGUGCGACAUGAGGAUGCGGCGGUUUUGAACCCGAGUGAUACUCUCCGAUCAGCCGAAGAAAUGGAAGAAGAGGAGAGAGCGGCGCAGUCCGCAAAACUCCAGGAACUCAUUCGACGAGGAACGCCGCAGGAUCUGCAGGAAGCGAAUCGUCUAAUGAAGGUCAUGGCUGGCUACGACACGAGGAAUAAGACUGAUUACCGGGCUAAGGCUGCCGAGGAAGUUUCGUAUAUUCAACAGAAGGCCAAGAUUUUGGAGGAGAUGUUGCAGAGCAUUCAGCCGGGUGAUACCAUAUCUGCUGGUGAUGUAUUUGAGGAAUUGGCCAAUGCAUUGCAAAGUGCACAUCCGAAAAUCCAAAAGAUGUGCGAGGAAGAAUCGGACGAUACCGAGGCAGUUGAAAAACUGAAGCAGAUCAACGACAGCAUUCAGAGGACUAUAGAUCGAUACAAGUUGGUGAAGAAGGGCGACUAUGAUGGUGCUGCCAGAAUUCCCAAGGGAACGCUAGGAACAACGACAGGAGUUGGAAAGAAUGCAAACAAUGAGCUGUCAUUAAUCGAUUUUGAUCCUGAGGAAGCGGCUCCGUCGAAUGAACAGGAACAAGCGGCAACAAGUUCUUUAGAGGAUGACUUGCUUGGGUUAUCUUUCGGCGAUAGAGCCGCUCCUGGUCCUGUCAAUUUGGGAUUUGAUGCCCCUAUUGCCGCAACCUCGAACGUCCCAUCAUCCGUCCCUGCUCAGGGAGCCCCCAGCGGCUUCCAGAGAAAUUACGACAUUCUUUCCUCUCUUUCAGGAUCUCAACCAACUUCUCAGUUAUCCAUACCGGCCCCUGUCAUACCGCAAACGACAAAGCCAACCUCUCCUCCUCCAGCUGUCGAUCCAUUCGCUUCAUUGAUUUCCGCAAGCUCAAGAUCAGCAUCUCCAAUGGUUUCUAACCAAAAAGCCCCCUCGUCCUCAGCUCUUGUAGACCUUGUGGGCGGCGGCCCGUCAUCGUCUACUCCUGCGGGAGCAACCACUGCCCCGGCCGAUGAUGAAUGGAGUUUCACAUCAGCGCUACCCACAGAAAGUGCACUACCAGCAACAAAUCGCGUGCGGAUUCUUGAUUCAUCUCUGGCCGUCGAUUUCGAAGCGCGAAGGAAACCUGGUGAACCCCGGACGAUUCAGAUUAUGGCUCUGUUCUCGAACAAGAGUAGCCAGCCAUUGACAGAACUUCAUUUCCAAGUUGCCGUUGAGCGGGCAUAUCAUCUGAAACUCAACCCGCAAACCGGCAGAGACAUCUCUCCCCUCCAAUCCGUCGGCGUUAAGCAAGAAAUGCAGAUCGAGAACGUGGAGACCGGCAAAGGAAACUCCAUCAAGAUUCGCUUCAAAGUAUCGUACCGACUCGGUGGACAGGCCAAAGAGGAACAGGGCAUGGUGCCGCCGUUAGGUAUUUCGUGA